AUGACAAUAUCCUGGCCUCCAUCCAAAACAAACUCAUUGGGUAUCGCCACCUUGUCCCUCGGUAAUUGGCGAGAGCAUCGGUUGGAACCACGCCUGGAAGCCGCGGCGAAAUCGGGAUAUCAAUGGAUCGACUUAUUUGAUGAGUGCUGGGCCGCGUACCUGGAAGAACAUGGACUUCCAGGAGACCAACUUUGGGAACCGACUUCGGAGAAUCUAGAGGUUGCUCGAAAAUUGGCUCGUGUUGUCAAGUCCUUGGGAAUGCGGAUUGUUUGCACGCAACCUCUUCGGAAAAUCGAAGGAAUCAAAGAUCCAGCUGAACGCAAAGCUACCUUAGAUCUAGUCGCCAAACGAUUUCCAUUCAUGCGCGCCUUUGACACAGACCUUGUCUUCAUGUGUGCGAAUAUUCGCACGGACGAGGGUGUAACAUCUGAUCUCAAGACGGUCGCGAGAGACCUCGCAGAACUGGGCGACAUGGCGGCUGCAUAUGCAAAGGCUGAUGGUGGACGCAUGAUAAAGAUUGGGUACGAGGGCUUAUCUUGGGCAACUCGAAAUACAUGGUCGGCAUCAUGGGAAGUUGUACGAUUUGCUAACCGCCCUAACGUUGGGCUGAUCGUGGAUGCUUUCAAUAUCCUCGCCGUCGAGUUUGCUGAUCCAUACAAUGCUGCUGGCCACGGGCGGAUCUACCCAACCCUGGCGGAGUCUCUAGAUGUUCUUACCGGAUCACUCGCAUCAUUGGCCUCGACGGUACCGGGUGAUCGGAUAUUUUUCUUCCAGUGCGGUGAUGCGGAGUUGAUGAACCCAGCGACUUUCCUCCCUCCAACUGACCCGGAAACACCAGCACUACUCCCAUGGUCGCGAAGUCAUCGGCUGUAUCCUCUUGAGCAGUCUAGAGGUGCGUAUAUGCCGGUUGAGCUUGUCGCGGCUGCUGUACUUGCCACCGGAUACCAAGGUCCAAUUUCACUUGAAGUGUUCAAUGCAUCACUGAACAAACCAGGACAGACCGUUCCGGCGGAGCAUGCGUCUAGAGGAAUGAAUGGUCUUCGCCUCUUGUGCGAAACUGCGAAGUCCAUUCCAGCGUUUUGGAAAAGUGACGGUGAACGUAAGAGCGCUAUCGCACAAGUGGUACAACGGCUACAGUCAGAUGAACACACAUAA